AUGAAAUCAAGCUCAUUAAAAGAGAAAACAUGUACAGAAGACUCAAAGAAGUUAUUCAAUUUAGUUGUAAAUGCACAAAAGACAAAAAUUGAUGUGAAAGAAAUUGGAAUGCUACAAUUGGUCGAUGAAAUUGAUCGUCUUCGUCAAUUAUGGAAAAUGUCAGAAGAUUCAAAGCUAAAAUUAGCCGAAGAAAUGAAUCAGAUGGAAAAAGCAUUGGCCGAAGCGCGAAAAAAGCUUGAACUUUUCCAAUUGGAUAUGGGAGACACUAGAAAAAUGCUGCGGACUGCGUUGGAUGAGAAUAAAGCACUGAAACUUGAUUUGAAUGUAUAUGAGACACGAGAAAAACGGUUGAAAGAUGCGAUGAAAGGUGGAGCAUUUGAUAGUCUCACAAAAGAAGAUCGAGAUCAAUUUGCGUUUUUGAGAGAGCCGCUGGUUCGAACUUAUUCGAAGAGAAUUCAAGAAAAACAUCCACAUCUUAUGGAGGUUUGUAAAUUAGAAAAAAGUUUUCUCUUUAAUCUAACGAAUUUCAGGAAACAAAUGAAAGCGAAGAUGAUAGUUCUGUAGAUUAUGAUAUGACAAACGAAAGUCUAGAUGAAGUGAUAACUUUGAGAAAUGGUCGGGAAGUUCGUAGAUCUUCAGCUGCUGGUGGGAAACGUCGAUCUUCUUCAGCUCACGCGCAUGUUCACAUCAAUUCGAAGCGGAGUCGAAGUCGAGUGAUGGCAACACCAAUAAAGGAAGAACCACAAAUUGAAGAAACACCAUCGAAAAGAUAUCGGGAUGAUGGAAUUCAAGAAGUGACCACUACCACAACAACCACCACAACUACUCUAAAAGGAGGAAAUGAUAGAAGACCAACACGAACAAGUAUACAUAGACAGGUUACAAGAAGAAGUAUGAGUUGUGGAAGUGUUCCAUCAAUUGAACAAACACCUGGGCAUACUUUUGCUGCUGGAAUGUCGACCAAUGCUGCUUUGACUAAAAGUACAUUGGAUAUUCGAACUUUGAAAAGAGGCGGAACAUCAACGUGGACAACUGGACAAGUAAAUGAUAUAGCAUUGAGAAAACAUUCGUUUGAAGAUGUUGGAUUGAACUUGGUAAUUUACAUUAUAGUUGGAUAUCGACUAAAGGGUUUUAAGCAUUGAAAUAUUGGGUUCUAAUGUUAUAUUCAUAUGAUAGAAUGGUCUAAGACGAACAGAAUGAUAUAAAUUUUGAUGGUUUUACCUUAUCCAUAAGUGAUUUAGGGAUGUUUAGUCGAUAUUUAGUCGUUAAGUCCCUAAAUCAACGUAAAGUCAUCAAAAUUUGUUCGUCUUAGACCAUUCUAUCAUGUGAAUAAAAUUAGAACCCAAUAUUUCAACUAACUUGCUUAAAAAACCUGGAAAUGUCAUUUAGUCGAUUUAGUUUCAGAAUUAUUUAUAAACAAAACUUUUUUUGCAGAAAAUGACGAAAUGUGAUGAAUGUCACCAAGUUAUAUUCGCAAAUCGCUCUCAAAAAUGCAGAGAUUGUCAUCAAACUGUUCACAAACAUUGUACAGGUCGUCUUCGUCUUCCAUGCGUCCCACGACAAAAAACCAUUGCCACACCAAAAUCGGCCAAUCGAAAUGUGAAACGAGAAUAUCGUCUUCAAGAUUUCUGUACAAAUGCCAAGCCAAUGAUUCCGUUCCCAGUUGUUCAUUGUGUUGUUGCGUUGGAGAAGCGCGCGCUCACCCAAGAAGGUCUCUAUCGAGUUCCGGGAAGUACACGAACUGUCACAUCGUUGCUCGAUGAAUUGCGAACCUCGCGAACUGUUCCGAAUUUGGAUCUACAAGAUUGUGAAGUGAUCACUGAAACAUUAAAGCGAUUCUUGCGCGAUUUACGCGAUCCGCUGGUUCCGAAAACGUCGAGAGAGGAAUUUAUGGUUGCUGCGAAUCAAUUCACAACUGAUCCAGAUCAGGGAAGACUUUCAUUGAAUAAAGUUAUUUGUGAAUUGCCUCAAGCGAAUCGAGACACAAUGGCUUAUUUGUUUUUGCAUUGGAGAAAAGUGAGUAUUAUUUUUAGAGUUCAAAAAAAUCCUCUGAUAAUCUUGAAAAUUUUAAAUUUUGAUUAAACAAAAAAUUCCUGUAAAUUUAAAAUUAUAUCAAUUUUACCCCAAAUUUUUGCAGGUUGUCGCGGUUUCCGAAUUCAAUAAAAUGCCAAAAGAAAAUAUGGCAAGAGUAUUAGCCCCAUGUGUAAUGGGAAUUCCAACAAGUCGAAUGGAUCAAACUUCAGCUACUCAUGAUAUUACAAAUUGCGAAAGAACAUUGAACGCAUUAUUCACAUUUGAUGACGUAAAAUUUUUUUGUUUUGAAAACAAUUCAGGCCCUCAAUAAAAUCGAUUUUUCCAGGGAUAUUGGCAACGUUUUUUGGGUCCAAUUGAUUCGAUUGAAAUGCCACGUCACAAUGAUCUUUAUUCUCCGCCAAUGGGAAAUGUUUGUGAUCGUAGUAUCCUUGGACCAGUAUCAAUCUCACCGGCAACUCCACUUUUGACACGAUCCGCAAAUCCGAAUCGCAGAUUAAAUUUGUUGGGACCACUUUGA